AUGAUGGAGUCUACGUUCGGGUUGAUGUCCGAUCCGGAUGAGUUUCAAGCUGUCGGAAGAUUUAGGUCCAACGUUGACCUUAAAGGGAGUGAUGAAGGUCAUGCAGGCAGUUUAAGCGUAGAGAUUUCGGAACAAAUGCAGCAGAAGACUAGUUCAGGGAUUUUCACAGAAUGGGAGCUUCCUAGAUAUAUGGAAAAUGCUAAAUGUUUUGAAUCUCAGACCGCAUUUCAAAAUGGAGAUGACGAUGACGAAACCCUGUCAUUACUGGAGAUCAAAAUUAAUGAUCAAUUAUCACAAGCCAUUACUUUAACUUGGACUACACAAGAUGAUGCAAGAAGUCAGGAAAAGCCACUACAGUCAACUUUCAUGGUUGAGCCUACAGAAACAACGCAAGCCUGGAAAUUUUCGCAAUCUCAACCUUCCACAGAAACGCAACAAACGCAGCAAACUCAAGCGGUUGAUUUGUCUCAGGACUCCACGGUACAUGUAAAACACGAGAAUACUGCAACAUCCAUCCCGUUGUAUCAACAUCUGUCCGAAAUUCCAUCUUCGAUUCGUAACCUUUACACUUCGGUUGUUGAGAAAUACAGCGACUUCUGCUUUUCCUACAUGCUGGCUGCUCAACUGUGCCAAGAGGAAAUCCCAAUGAGCGCCUUCAAUGAACUCAAACUUAGUCUCCUGCUGAGUAUAGCCUCGGUUUGGCAGACAAAUCGGUCACAGCCAUUCCACGUGAUCGUCCUGGGGGCGGACACUUCGAUAUCUCACCUGGCGAUGACGUCCGUUGGUCAGUUGGCGCGCCGCUUUAUGGCUGGUAUGUUCGACCCGUUGGCCGGUGGUCGUGUGCUCGAGGACAACUUCGUCGAGUGCGGCGCUACAACGUUGGCGCGAACCGGAAUUUGCUAUAUCGGUGAUUGGUCUAUGCAGAAACCGAGCAAUUCGGCCCGUAUUUUGCGGGAGAUUGAAUCCGGGCAGGUGAUCAUCGAGAAUCAUCCGAUAACGUAUCCCUUGGAGUGUGCGAUAUGGAGCUUCUGGAACUAUACAAAGAAGGCGAAGUCGGAUUUGAGCACGAUCAUCAUUUUUUUGAAUGCUUUUGGAAUACCGAUCAUUCUUCCCGAGCAAACUUCGGAAGUGGUGAUGGACUUCAUACUGGAAAGGUCUCUAACAGUUUAUGAACCAGAUAACCAACAAUUCCUUGUUCCGCAAGAAGAUGUGCAGCAAUUCCUGGCAAUGCUAUACCACCAAGAAGUCCAGAUGUCCGAGGCAGCCUCCAAGCUUUUGAGUGACUAUUUUGUAGCAACUCGAUUAAACAUUUCAGAAUCCCUCACCCAGACGUCCUUCUCGGCUCUUAACAAAUUAGCCGAAGCCCAUGCGCGGCUUUGUUUUCGGUCUGAAACGACCCGAAUGGAUGCCGUUGUUGCAAUAAUGAUCUGCGAGCGUUUUGUUCACAACGUAUUCUCCAAUCCAGGCAAUGGUGCACCACUGGUUGACAGUUUUAAUACCAUCGAUGACUUAGAACAACAUCUUUGUCGCUUCGACAGUUGGUUGAAGGAUUUUCUCAGAAACGUUAAUCGAGUCUAAAAUCUGUUGGUUUAUUUACUCUAAUAGGUAUUUUAAAUAUCAUGUAGAAGACAUGAUCAAUAGCAAUUCGACGAAUUGUACAAAUGUUUAGUCUUAAGUAGUAGCUUAAAUAUAAUCAA